GUACUUAGCAAAUCCACCGCGUCUGAAGAUGCGAUGAUGUUCCGCCGCACGGGCACAGCUCCCCGCCACGGUCAGCUUUCCAAGUACUACUGUACAUGGCCACAGAAAAGCAGUGCUUUUCUUCAAAUUACACUCUUUUGGGCGGUGAUCCCAUAUAUCACUGGCCGCUCUCUUUCUACGAUAAGUUCCUGAAGGAGCUUCGAGCUUCGCUGGUGACCACUGCCGUCCCCCCCGCGCGGUGCGUCGCAUAGACAAAUCCGAUGGCGGAAACACAGCGCAGUGGCGCGGGUCUCUUGGACCUCGAGAAGGAACUCGUUUGCUCGAUUUGUACAGAACUAUUAUAUCAGCCUCUCACCCUACUCGACUGCCUUCAUACAUUCUGCGGCUCUUGUUUGAAAGAAUGGUUCUCCUGGCAAGCAGCGCGGGCGGGGUCAUCUCACUCUUCGCGCUUCACCUGCCCCUCGUGUAGAGCGGCCGUUCGCGAAACACGGCCCAAUGCCACAGUCACAACUCUACUGGAUAUGUUCCUGAAAGCAAACCCUGAACGUGUAAAGCCAACCGAGGAGAGGGAAGAAAUAGCGCAGAAAUACAAACCCGGCGACUCAGUGCUGCCAGCGCCAAACUCUGGCGCGGCAGCGGACUCGGACGAAGAGGAUCGACGGCUGAUAGAGGAAGUGAGGGAGUUAAGUCUGCAUGAUGUCGACGGCCGGCAACAGGCGAGACCUUCGAGUUCCCGAGGUGGGCAGUCAUCGCGCCAUCGUCGUGCUGCGAGCGUUGAUACCAAUGAGAGAACGGACGAUAGCCGGGCAAGGCGACGUCGUGAAGAGGAGCGCAGAGCACGACGUCAAGCACAGCAACAUGCUGCACGCAGCGCAGUCCAUGCCGGAAGCAUGGCAUCUGGAUCGACAUCAUCCAGGCAGAUCGAACACCAGUCCAGCUUGCGGUCGCUGCUCAGUUCGUCUGAUGUGGAAAGUAUGGAGGAAGAGAUAUUGCGACAGAUCAUCGAGGACGGCUUGUUGGACGGCAUAGAUCUGCACGACCUGGAUCAGGCGCAGGAAGAGGAACUGAGUGAGCGAAUUGCGGAGGCGUAUCGCAGGAGACAUUUACAAAGGUCAAACUCUCGACCGCCGCGGAAUACGGCUGCUGAACAGCCACGGGAAUCUAGUCAUCAGCGCGCUAGAUCUCAGACUGUGCAAACGCAAUCCACAUCUACGCCCCAGAGAGACGCUUCGCGGCAUCCUCCAAUAUCGCGUCCACAUCUUUUAGAACAGCUAUCGCCACCGUCCGCCCCAGGCCAUCAGAGGCGAGCCUCAGAUCAAGGUGCUAGACGUCGCAGAACUUCGCCAUCACCUGCAAACCCAGCCUCUUCUUCGGAAAUUACACUGCGGCCUGCUGCAAGGUCUGCUACUGAUACGACAGAUCAGGAGGGGCAUCUAUCCUACAGUGCAAGGUCGAGAACGAGGCAGCCAUCUGUCUCGUCAGCACGGCGGACCGCAGAGUCAGAAGGAAGAAUAUACGAUGCUUGGGUCUCAGGAGGCCGAGAUAGGGGCGCAUCCCAGCCGCUCAUCAGUCGGUCUGCUAGUGAUCCCCCAACAGAAUCUCAAAGGUCUCCAGCCUUGCAUUCGGGACAUGGUGCAUCUGAGUUGCCCGCAUCGCUAUGGGUAGAUGGCGUGGUGAACAGCAAUGCUCGUUCGAGACUACCGUCAUCGCGCGCUGACGCAGCUCGCAUCCCUGCCGUUCUUUAUCCUGAACCAUCUAUUUCCUGCGAUCGCUGUGGAAAGCCUAACAUACAGUAUGACCUUCAUAAGAACUGUUCCAAAUGCACGGGUGGCAAGUACAACAUCUGCCUCCGCUGCUACCGCCAGGGUCGCGGCUGUCUCCACUGGUUUGGAUUUGGUUCUACAGCACAGUCAACUUUUGAGCGUAUGACGUCUUCCAAUAGUCAAUCCAGGCCUGUACAGGAGUCACCGCACGUUUUGCGCUCUCGACGAUAUGAACGACCAGAAGAGACAGCUGAAAGGGAGGUAAAUGAAGGCCGACAGAUGACCAGUGAUGACCCGUCUAGGAGACUGCAAGAAGGCAUGUUCUGUGAUAUUUGUCAAUCGCUAGCGGAUGACUGCUUCUGGAAAUGUGGCCAAUGUAACUAUGGGGACUGGGGUUUCUGCAACUCCUGCGUUAAUCAAGGCAGAUGUUGCACUCACCCACUUCUUCCGGUUCGUCGUCUUUCCAAUGAUGGCAGGGUCACUGUCUCCGGAACGCAGACAACUUUCUCCAAGAGUACCGGCAUUCCUGUGAGCUCGAGUAGAAUAUCCAUCAACGACGAGAUAUACAAUAUCUUAUCUUUCUCCACGAAAUGUGACGUGUGUAGCUAUCCUAUUUCUCCAUCGUCAUCUCGAUUUCAUUGCCUUCAAUGCAACAGUGGUGACUAUGACGUCUGCACAAACUGCUAUCUCAAACUUGUCGCUUGCGGGAAGAUCAGCAAAGAGAAUGGCCACAAUGGCUGGCGAAGAUGCCUCAAAGGUCAUCGAAUGAUCGUUGUGGGCUUCCAGGACCACGAAGACGGCCCGCAUCGAGUCAUUGUACGUGGGCUGGUUGGCGGUCAUGCGUUGAAGGACGAACAUGUCCGUAGGCGUGGAUCUGAACAACACACAUCCGGCUCUGUUACCUCUCCAGAACUUAGCACAGGAGAUUGGAGUUGGAAAGAAGGCGCAGAAGGAAGAAAGAAAGCCUCUCGUGUGCGUGCUGCGUUGGCAAAUGCCGUCAGUGGAUCCGGUGAGUCUCCUGUCUCGUCUCCCACUACUCCGCAUGGAGUCUCUUCUGCUCGUCGCUUCCCACCCGAUGGAGGCGUUGGUCUUAUCCUCUACGCUCUCUGGCCAUGGUUUCCUGAGGAAGAUGCACAAGAUGAAUUGCUCUUCCCUGGCGGAGCCGAAAUCACAGAAGCAGAGAACAUCAAUGAUGACUGGUUCUGGGGCUGCUACGCUGGUCGGACGGGUCUUUUUCCAGGCAAUUAUGGAAGAGUUAUCAGUGAGGUUACGUGAAUCGGAUGUUUUGUCGAUAUGUCUUCUUAUUUCUCUUCGUUGCUGAUACUCAAUUGCUUGUACUGCUGCAUAUAUAGCAUUUCUUGUUUGACCAGCCUAAUAGCUUGUUUUGGAUAUGGAUUGGG